GUCCAAGGGUCUAGGUGGCGGGUGGGCUGUGUGGUGCUGGGCACUACAGAGGCAGCGGAGCUGGGUGGCUGGCGGGCGGGAGGCAUGGGAUUCGAGGAGCUGCUGGACCAGGUAGGCGGCUUUGGACACUUCCAGCUGUGGAACGUGGCCCUGCUGGCCCUGCCGCGAGUGCUGCUGCCCCUGCACUUCCUCCUGCCCAUCUUCCUGGCGGCCGUGCCUGCCCAUCGCUGUGUCCUGCCUGGCACCCCUGCCAACGUCAGCCACCAGGACGCAUGGCUAGAAGCCAGCUUCCCCAGGGAGCCUGAUGGCACCUUCAGCUCCUGCCUGCGCUUCUCCCACCCCAGGGCCCUCCCCAACACCACUCUGGGGGGAGGGGAGCAGAGCCCUGGGGAGCUGGAGGGCCAGCCCGAGCCCCCCACGGAGCCCUGCCCUCAGGGCUGGGAGUACAACAGCUCGGAGUUCUCCUCCACCAUUGCUACGGAGUGGGACCUGGUGUGUGAGCGGAAAGGCCUGAACAGAGCCACUUCCACCUUCUUCUUCGCGGGCGUGCUGGUGGGGGCUGUGGCCUUCGGAUACCUCUCAGACAGGUUUGGCAGGCGCCCCCUGCUGCUGGUAGCCUACGUGAGUACCCUGGUGCUGGGCCUGGCAUCUGCAGCCUCCGUUAGCUACAUCAUGUUCGCCAUCACGCGCACCCUCACUGGCACAGCCUUGGCUGGCUUCACCAUCAUCGUGAUGCCGCUGGAACUGGAGUGGCUGGACGUGGGACACCGCACCGUGGCAGGCGUCCUGAGCAGCACCUUCUGGACAGGGGGUGUGAUGCUGCUGGCACUGGUCGGGUACCUGAUACGGGACUGGCGAUGGCUUCUGCUGGCUGUCACCCUGCCUUGCGCCCCAGGCAUCCUCAGCCUCUGGUGGGUGCCUGAAUCGGCACGCUGGCUUCUGACCCAGGGGCGUGUGGAGGAGGCCCGUGGGUACCUGCUCCGCUGUGCCAGGCUCAACGGGCGGCCCGUUGGUGAACAUAGCCUAAGCCGGGAGGCUCUGAGCAAAGUAGCAGCUGGGGAGCGCAUGGUGCGAAGACCCUCGUACCUAGAUUUAUUCCGGACUCCUCGGCUCCGACACAUCUCACUGUGCUGCAUGGUUGUGUGGUUUGGUGUGAACUUCUCCUAUUAUGGCCUGAGCCUGGACGUGUCAGGGCUGGGGCUGAACGUGUACCAGACGCAGCUGCUGUUCGGGGCCGUGGAACUGCCCUCCAAGCUGCUGGUCUACCUGUCGGUGCGCCACGCAGGCCGCCGCCUCACGCAGGCCGGAAUGCUGCUGGGCACCGCCCUGGCCUUGGGCAUCAGACUGCUGCUUUCCUCUGAAAUGGGGUCCUGGAGCACCACGCUGGCGGUGAUGGGGAAAGGUUUUUCUGAAGCCGCCUUCACGACUGCCUACCUGUUCACUUCGGAGUUGUAUCCUACCGUGCUCAGGCAGACGGGAAUGGGGCUGACUGCAUUGGUGGGCCGGCUGGGGGGCUCUUUAGCCCCCCUGGCGGCCUUGCUGGAUGGGGUAUGGCUAUCGCUGCCCCAGCUAGCUUAUGGGGGAACCGCCCUGCUGGCUGCCGGCACUGCCCUCCUGCUGCCGGAGACAAGGCAGGCUCAGCUGCCAGAAACCAUCCAGGAUGUGGAGAGGAAGAGGUGUGUACUCAGGGGUCUGUGCCAGCACACGCGUUUGGGUAUAGGUGCGCAGAUUCCUGACGCCUCAGGUACGACUCGGAGGAGACAUGUCUGCACGUGUGUCUCAGGCGUGUAUAUCCUUCAGGAGGAGGAGAUACCCAUGAAGCAGGUCCAUGACUGA